AUGAGUAAAGUGAUAAAGCCUCCAACCGUUCCCAGAACGGCAGACUUCCGCACGUUGGAGAGAGAGAAUCGAUUUGUGAACCCUCCCAAAGAUAAAUCAGCAUAUCCGCUUCUUCAGGAGGCCGUGGAACCCCACGUUGGAUCUUUCAAUGCGCUCACAGAGGGUGCUGAGGGUGGACUGCUCAACCAGGCCGUGAAAGACAUUGGCGAAAAAGUUGUAUUUGAUGGCGCCAAAUCAGACGAUAACCCAGAAUAUAUGGGCAACAAGCUUUCGCUCAGCGUCGAACAAGUUUCGAUUGCGAAGCCAAUGUCCAACGACGGGGUGUCGUCGGCCGUGGAACGCAAAGUGUAUCCCGCAGAGUCCAGACAGAGACUUUCGUCUUACAAAGGUAAGUUGUUGCUUAAGCUCAAGUGGUCGGUCAACAACGGCGAAGAAACUUUUACGGAGAUCAAGGAUUGCGGUGGACUCCCCGUGAUGCUGCAGUCCAACCGUUGCCAUUUGAGCAAAAUGUCGCCAUAUGAACUAGUCCAGCACAAGGAGGAGAGUGACGAAGUAGGAGGUUACUUCAUCGUCAACGGUAUCGAAAAGCUAAUCAGAAUGCUGAUUGUCCAGCGUAGGAACCAUCCUAUGGCCAUCAUCAGACCAUCUUUCGCCAAUAGAGGUGCGUCAUAUUCGCAAUAUGGUAUUCAGAUUCGAUCUGUAAGACUUGACCAGACCUCUCAGACAAAUGUGUUGCAUUACUUGAACGACGGUGAAGUUACUUUCAGAUUUUCCUGGAGAAAGAACGAAUAUCUGAUACCUGUAGUCAUGAUUUUGAAGGCAUUGUGCGAACUGAACGACAGAGAAGUUUUCGAUGGGAUCGUUGGUUCCGACACCUCCAACUCUUUUUUGACCGAUCGUUUGGAACUGUUACUCCGCAGCCACAAGAAAAAGUACGGCCAGCUGCACAACCGUCGUCAAGCGUUGCAGUAUUUGGGUGACAAAUUCCGCGUCGUUCUCCAAGCUGCUCCAGACGCCACCGAUUUCCAGGUGGGUGAGGAACUUCUAAAGCGCAUUGUCCUUGUGCAUCUGGGUGAAAAUAAUGAGGACAAAUCACGGAUGUUACUGUUCAUGAUUCGGAAACUGUACUCUUUGGUAGCCGGCGAAUGCUCUCCUGACAAUCCCGAUGCCACUCAGCACCAAGAAGUCCUUCUAGGCGGUUUCCUGUAUGGUAUGAUUCUGAAAGAAAAGAUCGAAGAGUACCUGCAAAAUAUCAGACUUCAAAUCCAAUCAGACGUGGGCCGUGGGCUAGCAGUCAAUUUCAAAGAUCGCAAAUACAUGUCUAGGGUUUUGAUGAGGGUAAAUGACAACAUCGGCUCCAAGCUGCAAUACUUUUUGUCGACUGGUAACUUGGUUUCUCAAUCGGGUCUCGACUUGCAGCAGGUGUCGGGUUAUACCGUCGUAGCGGAAAAGAUUAAUUUCUACCGUUUCAUUUCCCAUUUCCGAAUGGUCCAUAGAGGUUCCUUCUUUGCUCAAUUGAAAACCACAACUGUCAGAAAGCUUCUUCCAGAGUCUUGGGGAUUCUUGUGCCCUGUUCACACGCCAGAUGGUUCUCCAUGUGGUCUGUUGAACCAUUUUGCUCAUAGAUGCAAAAUUUCAACGUCUCAAUCUGAUGUCUCUGGAAUUCCUUCUCUAUUGUACUCCUUGGGUGUAGCCCCAGCCUCUCACACCUGUGCCGCAGGCCCAUCGCUAUGCUGUGUCCAAAUAGACGGUAAGAUUGUUGGUUGGUGCUCUCAUGAGCAAGGGAAAAUUAUUGCGGAUACUUUGAGGUUCUGGAAAGUGGAAGGUGAAACUGCUGGCCUGCCUCUGGAUUUGGAAAUAGGUUAUGUUCCACCUUCGUCUCGUGGCCAAUAUCCUGGUCUCUACAUCUUCGGUGGCCACUCUAGAAUGAUGCGGCCCGUGAAGUAUCUGCCACUUGGCAAAGAGGACAUUGUCGGUCCUUUCGAACAGGUGUACAUGAACAUCGCUGUUACACCUCAAGAGAUUGGUAACAAUAUCCAUACUCACGUCGAAUUUACACCUACCAACAUUCUUUCUAUUUUGGCAAACCUAACACCAUUCUCAGAUUUCAACCAAUCUCCAAGAAACAUGUACCAAUGUCAAAUGGGUAAGCAAACUAUGGGAACACCAGGUGUUGCCCUCUGUCACCGUUCAGAUAAUAAGCUCUACAGAUUGCAAACAGGGCAAACCCCGAUUGUCAAAGCUAAUCUUUACGAUGACUACGGCAUGGAUAACUUCCCCAAUGGUACCAAUGCCGUUGUUGCAGUUAUUUCUUACACCGGUUAUGACAUGGACGAUGCCAUGAUUAUCAACAAAUCUGCCGAUGAGAGAGGUUUCGGUUACGGAACCAUGUACAAAACUGAAAAGAUUGACCUUUCGUUAAACAGAAGCCGAGGAGAUCCAGUAACUCAACACUUUGGGUUUGGAGAUGAUGAAUGGCCCAAGGACUGGCUUGAUAAACUUGAUGACGAUGGGUUGCCUAUCAUUGGUACCUACGUGGAGGAAGGUGAUCCUGUUUGCGCAUAUUUCGAUGACACUUUGAACAAGACUAAAAUCAAGACUUAUCACUCCUCCGAACCCGCCUACAUUGAGGAGGUUAACUUGAUCGGCGACGAAUCGAGUAAAUUCCAAGAGUUGCAAACUGUUUCCAUCAAAUACCGUAUCAGAAGAACUCCACAGAUCGGUGACAAAUUCUCGUCCAGACACGGUCAAAAAGGUGUUUGCUCCAGAAAGUGGCCAACCGUUGACAUGCCGUUCAGCGAGAGCGGUAUUCAGCCGGACAUUAUUAUCAACCCACACGCUUUCCCCUCCCGUAUGACAAUUGGUAUGUUCGUGGAAUCGCUUGCUGGUAAAGCAGGUGCUCUCCACGGUACCGCGCACGAUGCCACGCCUUGGACUUUCAGCGAGCAGGACACACCCGCCGACUAUUUCGGAGAACAACUCAAAGACGCCGGCUACAACUACCAUGGUAACGAACCCAUGUACUCAGGUGCUACUGGUGAGGAAUUGAGAGUCGACAUUUACAUCGGUGUUGUCUACUACCAGAGAUUGCGUCACAUGGUCAACGAUAAGUUCCAAGUCCGUUCGACAGGCCCGGUGAACAGCUUGACCAUGCAGCCCGUCAAGGGUAGAAAGAGACACGGUGGUAUUCGUGUUGGUGAAAUGGAGAGAGACGCAUUGAUCGGGCACGGUACUUCGUUCCUCCUACAGGACCGUCUGCUGAACUGCUCGGAUUACACUCAGACCCCAGUGUGUCGCGAGUGUGGUGCGCUACUCACCGCGCACUACAGUGUUCCACGCGUGGGAUCCCUCGCCACCAUGCGCUGUCGUCGCUGUGCUGUCAAAUUCGAGGACGCCAAGAAAUUGGUCUCUGAAUACCAGGGCGACGACCAGAUAUUUAUCGACGAUGCCCAUAUUUGGGAAGAUGGUCAAGGCAACAAGUUUGUUGGCGGCGGUGAUACUACCACUGUGGCCAUUCCGUUUGUGUUGAAAUACCUAAACUCGGAACUCGCGGCGAUGGGUAUCAACCUACGCUUCAACGUUGAGCCAAAAUAA